UUAUAAAUAUAUAAAAUGGUUGGUCGGUGUGAUUAUCACGCCUGUGCUUUAGUUGACUAGAUAAGAUUGAGCGCGCAAGCGCAAAUCAAAAUUUACAACAUGGCGGAACGUAGGAAAACCAGGAAGCGUAAAGAUGAAGUAUCAAAUGUAGAUAAUGAAGUUGUUCAAGAAAAACCAUCUAAAGGAGAAUAUGCAGUAGCUAAAUGGAUUCGUAACAAUGUACCAUCAAAAAAGACGAAGUUUGACAGAAAUCACAAUGUUGAAUACUUCACUGGUUCACGUGCAGUGGAUGCUCUACUGGAAAACUCACCAUGGAGUAAAACCAGAUUUGAGACACGUGAACAAGUUACAGAAUUUCUUGACUUGAUGUUACGACAUAAAUUCUUUCAUAGAGCUAGAAAGGUAGUAAUAUCUGAGGAAGAGUUAUGUAAAAUACGUGGAAUAAAGAAAAAACCUAAGGAUCCCAAGAAAGACAAGAAAUCUACUGAGAAAGAUAAAGAAGAAUCUAAAGAUGCAACAGGUGGAAAAGAUAGCGACGAUAAAACUGAGGAGAAAAAGAAAAAACCAAAAGUACGUCUAGAAAUGCACAUGGAACAAUAUUUUGUCGAUUGUAAUGAUGCUUAUGUUUGGAUAUAUGAACCAAUUCCUAUAUACUACUGGUUUUUUGGAACAUUGGUAGUCUUAGGAGCAAUUGGUGUAUGUCUCUUCCCAUUAUGGCCCUUAACAAUCCGUCAUGGUGUAUACUACUUAAGUCUUGCGGCAGCAGGAUUCCUCGUAUUCAUUUUGACAUUAGGAAUUAUUAGAUUGAUUGUCUUCUGUCUUUUAUGGGUUCCAACACUUGGAAGAUGUCAUCUCUGGCUCUUGCCAAAUUUAACAGCUGAUGUUGGAUUUUUCGCUUCGUUUUGGCCACUUUAUCAAUACGAAUAUUAUGGUUCUACUGAGAACAAUAAAAAAGCUAACAAGAAAAAGAGAAAGAAAGAAAAAGAUUCUGAUACAGAAGAUGCAUCAUCAACACAUUUAGAAGAGAAAUCUAGUACAAAAGAAUUAUCUACAGAUCAUAUUCAAAUUGAAGAAAUUACAGUUAGUGAAGACAAAAAGCUUCCUUCAUCUGAAUUGGUAGAAGGUGAAGAGGGUAGCGAAGGUUCGGAAAGCGAAAAGUCUAAUACAGGUCGGGAUUUUGUGAUGCUUUAGAACAGGAACUCUUGGCAAUAAAUAGUUUCCCUUUAUCUCCAGCAACUGCCGUGUUAAUCAAUGGCUGAUUCUCGUCAAUUCUGAUUAAAUGUAAUAUAAUUUCUUACAUAAAUGAAGGAUUUAUGUUUCACUGUUAUAUGCUCGAAAUAUGUACAAUUUAUUUUAUUAGAAGAAAAGACAGGAUAUUAAUAACAGUCACGGCAAGAAAAAGAAGCGGUAUAUAAAUUUAGCAAAUUGAUUUCGUUUAACUCGCUUACAUCAAUAUCUUUGCAUUUCUUGCAUUUAAAAUAUAAUAGCCAAUUGAACAAGAAAAUCGCAUCUAUAUUUUAAAUAAAAGAAAUUUUUGUAAAUUGUGGUACGGAAAUGUACCACUUCUGAGAUUCCAGUUAAGUAUGUAUUUCUAUUUAAAUAAUUAUCGACUAGUACUUUUAGAUGUUCACAUAAUGCAAAAAUUUACGUUGGAACGUAUAAUUACGUUAAUGCAGGUGCCUGAGGUUUAUCUGUUACUCACAGUCCAUUUUUAAUGUUUUAAAUACAUUGAAAUGCAGUAUUUUAUUAGUGAUAAUAAUACAUAUAAAAUUUCCGUAAUAUUGAUUUUCUCAGGUUCCAUAAAUGUACAAAGCUGGAUAAAUAGAAUCUCCGUGAACAAGACUAAAAUUAUUUCGAUCAAUUGUUACUCUGCCCGUGAGUUCCUUUUUAGCAGAGAAAAGACUUGAUAUUUCACAGAUUUCAUACAACAAAUUGUAAUUUAUAUUUUUAUGUAAAAAUUCCAAUGGUAAUAGUUGUUAUUACUAUUAUUAUUGUAACUAUUAUAUUAAUAUUAUUAUUAUGGAAUAUCGGUUUGAAUCAUUGUAGGUACACGGAUCGUGAUUUUACCUAUAUUGAAAUAAAUCAUGAAAAAACAUGGAAUUAUAAACAUA